CCACCUCUCUAUACCCUUCCUGCGGAGAGCGAGAUCGGGCGGAAGAGAGGAAAGACGAGAAACGGAAGAAGAGAGCAAGAUGCCUGCGCAGAAGAUCGAGACCGGUCAUCAGGACACCGUCCAUGACGUCGCCAUGGAUUACUACGGCAAGAGGCUGGCGACGGCAUCAUCGGACGCGACCAUCAAGAUCAUCGGCGUCACCGCCGCCUCACAGCAGCUUCUGGCCACCCUAACGGGCCACCAGGGUCCGGUCUGGCAGGUUGGCUGGGCCCACCCCAAGUUCGGGUCCAUCCUCGCUUCGUGCUCCUACGACGGCCGUGUGAUCAUCUGGAAGGAAGGAUCCAUCCCCAACGACUGGUCCCAGGCCCACGUUUUCACCGACCACAAAUCCUCCGUCAAUUCCAUCUCCUGGGCCCCACACGACCUCGGCCUCUGCCUCGCCUGCGGCUCCUCCGACGGCAACGUGUCCAUCUUCACCGCCAGAUCCGACGGCUCCUGGGACACUGCCCGGAUCGACCAGGCUCACCCCGUCGGCGUCACAUCCGUCUCCUGGGCCCCUGCGACCGCCCCCGGCGCCCUUGUCGGUUCCGGCCUCCUCGAUCCGCCCAUCCAGAAGCUCGUCUCCGGUGGAUGCGACAACACCCUGAAAGUUUGGAAAUUGUACAACGGGAAUUGGAAGAUGGACUGCUUCCCCGCCCUACAGAUGCACGCCGACUGGGUGAGGGAUGUGGCGUGGGCCCCGAAUCUGGGGCUCCCAAAAUCGACGAUUGCGAGUGCUUCUCAGGACGGGACGGUUGUCAUAUGGACGGUGGCGAAGGAAGGGGAUCAGUGGGAGGGGAAGGUCUUGAACGAUUUCAAGACACCUGUGUGGAGGGUGUCAUGGUCGCUGACUGGGAAUAUAUUGGCAGUGGCAGACGGGAACAACAAUGUGACGUUGUGGAAGGAGGCAGUAGAUGGAGAGUGGCAGCAGGUGACGACAGUUGAACCGUAGAUCCAGGUUCUUGGGUUUCUCUCUGUUGCUGUCUUCGUGUUUUGUUGCUGUGACUGCAAUUUUUCUUUUUUCUUUUUCCCCUAGUGAAUUUCUCAGUGUGUUUCUCCAUGAUUUGGUUUGGAUGUAUUUGGUUAAUAUUUGUUAGUUUGGACAACUGAUUUUGUUGAAUUUAGGAUCAAAAGAAUUUACAGACGGUGAUGACUUUGACAA